CUCUGCCGUAGCCAACCUCCGUCCUCCGAGAUACGCGGUCAGCAAGUGUUUCUGCGUCCUGAGGAGAGUUCAGCUCCAGCCCUGACUACCAGACAGUCCACCACGUUGUCCGAACAACUCCAGGAUGCCUUGCUGCGGCUGGCGGCAGUUGUCGACGCACGUUCACUGCGAGUGGCCCUCCGAGACAGCAUACAGGAGCUGCUACCCAGCACGGAGUGUGUCUGCGUCUACAUGCUGGAGGGACACUCGAGGCUGCUAUCUGACGACCCGCCACAUGAACUGCCACAGGAGGGAAAGAUCAGGAGUAUCGCAGACCAGCUGAAGCGAUGUCAGUGUGCCGGCCUUCCUGUGUCCGAGCUGCCAGAGAAAUACAGAAUCUGCCUUGCAGCACCGUUACCAGCACACAGAAGAGCUGUUGUCGUUCCUAUCUUGGACCAGGAGCGGGACAAGGCCAUCGCUGUCUUACUGGUGGGCUGUAAUCCACUGUCUGAUCAGGAUGAAUUGCAUCUUAACGUGCUGGAAAAACAUGCCUCAGUGGCAUGUGUACGAGUCCAGGCUGUUCAGACAUCCUACCAGAGGCCUCCUCUCAGCCCCUCUCCCAUGCAGUCCCACAAUGCACUGCUUCACCUCAACGUCUCAGACCAGGACUACUGCGAACUGGACCGCAACAUCCUGCAGCUCUGUGCUGAUGUUUGGACGCUUUGGUCAGGUUGUGGAGAAGAAGAAGUCAAUUACUCUUCAGGACAUCAGUGCUGAGGAGCGUAGGCAGCUGUCCAGUAUGUUGGGCUGUGAGAUCUCCUCCAUGCUUUGUGUCCCAGUGGACAGCAGGGCCACCGGUCAGGUGGUGGCGCUAGCGUGCGCCUUCAACAAGCAGGGUGGGCAGAGACACACAGAGGCAGAUGAGUAUGCAAUCCAGCACUGUUUCUGCUACACUUCAACGGUCCUCACUUCAACUUUGGCCUUCCAGAAAGAACAGAAACUCAAAGUGGAGUGCCAGGCACUCUUACAAGUGGCCAAGAAUCUCUUCACACACUUGGAUGAUGUGUCAGUGCUGUUACAGGAAAUUAUAGUGGAGGCCAGGAACCUCAGUGAUGCAGAGAUUUGUUCAGUGUUCCUGCUCGAUCGAGUCAGUCAUGAGUUGGUGGCAAAGGUGUUUGACGGGGGCGUGGUUAGUGACGAAGAGAAGGAGUUUCGUAUUCCAGCAGAUCAGGGUAUUGCAGGUCACGUGGCGACCACUGGUCAGAUCCUGAACAUUAAGGACGCCUAUUCCCAUCCUCUCUUCUACCGCGGUGUGGACGACAGUACCGGCUUCAGGACCCGUAACAUCCUCUGUUUCCCCAUCAAAGACGAGAACAACGAGGUGAUCGGGGUGGCUGAGUUGGUGAAUAAAAUGAACGGGCCGUGGUUCAACCGCUUCGACGAGGACCUUGCCACAGCUUUCUCCAUCUACUGCGGUAUCAGCAUUGCCCACUCUCUGCUCUACAAGAAAGUCCAUGAAGCUCAGUUCAGAUCCCACCUAGCCAAUGAAAUGAUGAUGUACCAUAUGAAGGUUUCAGAGGAAGAGGUGUCUAAGCUGCUGGUGACGGGGAUUGAACCCGUGAUGGAGAUCCACCCCUGCUACGCUGAGUUCACAUACACACCUCGCUCCCUGCCCGAUGACACCACACCCUUGUGCAUCCUCAGCAUGUUUGAAGACAUGGGUUUCAUCAACACAUACAAGAUUGACCUGCACACUCUCGCCAGGUUUUGUCUGAUGGUGAAGAAAGGCUACAGGGACCCUCCAUACCACAACUGGAUGCACGCCUUCUCUGUCUCACACUUCUGCUACCUGCUCUACAAAAACCUAGGGCUGUCCAACUACCUCGAGGAUAUAGAGAUUCUAGCUCUCUUUGUCUCCUGUAUGUGCCAUGACCUGGACCACCGUGGCACCAACAAUUCUUUCCAAGUCGCCUCACAAUCUGUGCUGGCUGCUCUCUACAGCUCAGAGGGAUCUGUGAUGGAGAGACAUCACUUUGCCCAGGCCAUCGCCAUUCUGAACACUUGUGGCUGCAACAUUUUUGAGAAGUUCUCCAGAAAGGACUACCAGCGCGUGCUGGAUUUGAUUAGAGACAUCAUUCUGGCUACAGACCUGGCUCACCAUCUUCGCAUUUUCAAGGACCUGCAGAAGAUGGCUGAUGAUGGAUACAAUCCAAAAAGCCGUACCCACCGCUCGAUGCUGCUGUGCCUGUUGAUGACAUCGUGUGACCUGUCAGACCAAACCAAGGGUUGGAAAACAACACGCAAGAUUGCUGAGCUGAUUUAUAAAGAGUUCUUCUCUCAAGGAGAUCUGGAAAAAGCCAUGGGGAACAGGCCCAGUGAGAUGAUGGACAGAGAGAAAGCGUACAUCCCAGAACUACAGAUAAGCUUCAUGGAACAUAUCGCCAUGCCCAUUUACAAGCUGCUGUCUGAACUGUUUCCUGGGGCCACUGAGCUGUACGAGCGAGUAGCGGCAAAUCGGGAGCAGUGGACCAAAGUGUCCCACAAGUUCACCAUCCGUGGGUUGCCUAGCAACAACAGCCUAGACUUCCUGGACCAGGAAUAUGAGCUGCUGCAGUCCCAGGGUGCUUUCGGGAGCGACGACCACUGCCUCAAUGGUUGCCUUGAGGAUGCAGAAGGAGGGCGGGGCCAGUGACACCAGCGGGCAGCUGAUGGUUUAUUGAAGUUUUCUGUGGUCCAAUAAGAGGCUGAGGAUACCUUUUUAGCGACCUAAGAGGGAGGGAUGUCUCUGCUGUCGAUCACUUAGAUGCUUAGCAGGCCAUGCAGAAUGGACAGGACAAAGUUUCCAACUAAUUGAAUCAGACAAGUGAUUUGAAACGAGUGGAUUCACCUGAGCCGGUUCAGUGAUUAGAUGCUACAUGUUGCUUGUGUCUCCAGUUCAGGAAAGCAGAGGGUGGUGACUUUAUCUUUUUCAGCAGCUAUACUGGAAAAAUAAGUUUUUAACCACAAGUCACAAGUUCAUUCAUAGAGUACUGAUCCUGAUUACGAUUGUAAAAACACACACACACCACCACACACACACACACACUGACACACUUAUGUACAUGCACAUACUGUUCAGACACACACCAGAGAAAAAAAA